AUGAAAUCUGGUUUAUGCAACGGACCGACCAAAGUGGAUGUGGGCAUGCACGAUGAGGUGAUUGCCGUGCGGGAUCGUUUACGUAAAGGUUUACAGAAAUGGUUCACCAGCCUUCGUACUCGUCAAGCGUUGUUGGAUGAGCGUCUGGCUCGUUUGCAAGUCACACGACCCGAGACCGUUCGAAAUGCAUCGUCCGAGUUACAGGCUAUUUUUAGUCCUGGUGGGGAAGACACGGAAACCGAGUUACGACAGGUUUCCUGUUUGAUUAAGCAAGAAACUGCAGAGAUCAAAGAGUUGGUCGACUCUAUCAAACUCCUGAAUGCCAGAUCCACUUCCCUAUCGGUUUGA